AUGAGUUUUGCCGCGCCCCCAGCCGGCGUGCGGCAGCCACAAGGCAAUGUCGACCUCGAUGCCGUCGCACGGUCACAACAGAUAGGGCAGCCGUCUUCCGGCGGUAAAGGCUCAUCGACAGCGAAGAAGAAGCCAGAGGUGAAGCCAUGGGCACAUCUGCUAGCCGGCGGACUCGGCGGAAUGACAGCAGCCCUCGUCACAUCACCCAUGGACGUCCUCCGCACCAGAUUACAGUCCGAUGUCUACCAAGCACAACUCCGCGCGUUGCAGGCGACGCAACCUCCGCUCCCUAAAACCACCCUUCUCAACCUCCCAUCAGCCGCCUUCUUCCACCUACGGGACACUUGGAAGAUAAUGACAGACAUCGCGCGAAGUGAAGGUGUCAGUGCACUUUACAAAGGUCUCGGCCCGAACCUAGUCGGUGUGGUACCAGCACGAGCAAUAAAUUUCUACGUCUACGGCAACGGCAAACGAAUCCUUAACGAGCACAUGAACCCUGAAGGCAAGGAGAAUGUGUGGAGUGUCCACCUGCUAGCUGCUGUUGCUGCAGGCGUCGCAACCGGAACAGCGACCAACCCCAUCUGGCUCAUCAAGACACGAUUGCAGCUAGACAAGAAUCGAGCAAGCGACAACCCAACCCGAGGCAGACAAUACAAGAACAGCUACGACUGCAUAAGGCAGACCUAUCUCGGCGUCACGGAAUCAACACUCCAAUGGGUUCUCUACGAGCGAUUGAAGCUUUCCCUCGAACGCCGCGAAGCUCGUCGACUGGCCGACAAGAGUUACCAGUGUGGCUGGAUCGACAGCGCGGAGGAGUUCGGUGGUAAAGCCAUCGCUGCGGCGUUCGCAAAGGUCUUCGCUUCGGCACUCACAUACCCUCACGAAGUCGUUCGAACGAGAUUACGACAGGCGCCCACGAUGGUUACUGAGACUGGAAAAGUGACGGCGAAGUACACUGGCUUGAUUCAGUGCUUCAAGCUGAUUGCGAAGGAAGAAGGGAUCGCGGGGCUGUAUGGAGGGAUGACGCCGCAUCUGUUGCGUGUGGCUCCGAGUGCGGGUAUCAUGUUUGGGAUUUAUGAGGUGACCCUACGAUUUCUGGGCACGACCUCAUAA